GAUUCUGAAUUCAACAUCACUAAAAAAAUUCUCUUAGUUUCGCAGGUGUUGUGCCAACCCUUCGAAACUAAGAGAAUAUUUUUAUUGAUUUUGAAUACAGAAUCAGAAUGAGCGAAUAAAAUAGAGCACAUCUUGACAUUCUGAAGUAGGUUUGAUGGAUUUUAACUGAAUUAAGAAUUUUUUAAUUUUUGAUGGAAGCAAACAAAAAUGGGUUAUUCCACCUAGUAAAGGUUUCACUCGGUUCUUGCAUUUUGUUCUGAAAACUAACACUGCCACAAGAUUCAGCAUAGCCGAUAACCUAUGUCUUCAUUCAUUUCUGAUAAUCUCAAACCUAACGGCAGAGGAGUGCUAAGGCUUCAGCAAAAACGGUCAUAGCUCCCGGCCCAUGGAUUUCUAAGAUGUCACUUAGAUCCAGUUUUGUAGAGAAAACUUCGGACUAUAUAUCUAUGAAAAAAGUUUAAUUUUAACUUCAAUAUUUAUUUUGACAGUUGCAAAGCCCUUGGAAGAUUUCUAGAAAACUCCUAGAAAGCCUUAAAUUAUUGAGAUAUAAAUCUGGCACCUCAUACAUUUGAACUACAUAGUUUAACAAGUUCAAAACAAAAAUAAAUAAUUUUUAUCUUUUCGGCUUAUGCUAAGAGAAGAUCCCCACAAAACCUUCGCUUUUCAGCGAAAAACCUCUAAAAAUCUCCAAAGAUAAAAUUUUUUUAUCAAAGUAAGUUUUUAGAUAGAGUACAAUGUACUGUAUUGGAUGAGUGCAUUGAAUAAAAAUUUCUGUUAUUGUACAAUUUUUUAUAAAAAAGACCUGUAUGCAAAACCUGUAUGCUCAAAAUUCAGGUUUUCCAGAAUCCCAUUAAGAAAGUCAAAAUGAAGGAAAACUGAUAUUACCAUUGGAUUCGCCAUGAUGCAUAACCUUGAGGCCCUGACGUUUAAGUUGCAAACUGUUCGUUUAAGCACUUUUUUGUUAUUUGGUAUUCAUCUCAUUGAAGAUCUGUACUAAAUGUUACGUUAUUUUGAAUUAUAACUGUUUCAGGGUCACUGAUCGGUCGAGACGUCAACGUAUGAGUUUUGUAGUCAAAAGUCAUCUUUGUUUAAAUCAUAGUAAAAUAAUAAUAAUAUUCGAUGAGAUUCCAUUUCUCGAGUAGAUUAUCGAUCACACGUGGGUAUUUUUUGAUGAUUCAAGUUUUAGAAUACUAUAUUCUAGUGCUCUGGGCCAAUGAGGGUUAUAUUGCCAGAGAGAAUAGGAAUGCCAGCUAAACUUAGAAUUUUUGAUCAAUUUUCAAGACCAGUGUAUGUUCGACUAAUUCUAAUACGAAGAUUUGUACUGAUACUGUUUUUUUGUUAAAGAUUCAUAUGGCGUUAGCUAAUUAUAAACUGCUUAAACUAUAAUUAAAAUUUAAAAUUUUGUUUUACUUAAGAUGCUUUUAUCGGUGUGAAUAUUGGUCGUAAUAAAGAAACAUCUUCUAGUAAUUCUAAUCAAGAUUAUACAAGAGGUAUUGAAAAAUUUGGAUGCAUUGCCGAUUAUCUUGUUGUCAAUGUAUCAAGUCCAAAUACCCCUAAAUUACGUGCAUUACAAGAGGCUUCUGAACUGGAGGAUCUACUUUCAGCUAUACGUGUUGUGUACGAUCGACUCCCAUGUAGAAAUAACAGACCACCGUUACUUUUGAAAGUAGCACCCGACUUAGGAUCAGAUGAGAUUAAGGCGAUUUCAGAAGUUAUUAGUAAACCAAAGACAUCUAUUGAUGGAUUAAUUGUAACUAAUACAACUGUACAACGUCCAUUAACACUGAAAAGUGAAAAUAAAAUACAAACAGGUGGUCUCAGUGGUGAACCAUUAAAAUCAAUUGCAUUGGAAACAAUAAGAUUGUUUCGACAGUAUACAAAAGGAAAAAUUCCCUUGAUUGGUGUUGGUGGCAUUUCAACAGCGGAAGAUAUAUUGGAACGAAUAAAAGCGGGUGCAAGUCUCAUUCAAAUUUAUACAAGUUUAACAUAUUCUGGACCACCUAUUGUGAAUAAACUGAAUAGAGAGCUAGCAAAAUUAAUUAGAAAUGAAGGAUUUAGCAGUGUAGCAGAAGCCGUUGGUAUAGAUGUUGAUUCAAAAAAAUAA